AUGUGGUGGACAGCGGCGCGCAGGCGCCUUUCCUACCCUAACCAAAUUUUCACCAGCAAAGACAGCCGCCGCAUACAACACUCGUGGCUGCCGCGACGACUCCUCCUCGUGCGCCACGGCGAGUCUGUGGCCAAUGUUAACCAGGAAGUGUACAGCAACACGCCAGACUGGAAGAUCCCGCUGACGGCGCGCGGGCGGGAGCAGGCGUACGACUGCGGCAAGCGACUCCGCAACAUCAUCCAGGGGGAGAAGCUGUACAUCUACUACUCUCCGUACGCUCGCACUCGGCAGACGCUGUGCGAGAUCCGCCGAAGCUUUGACGAGUCGCAGAUCCAGGGCGAGCGCGAGGAUGAGCGACUGCGUGAGCAGGAGAUGGGCAACUACCAGCCAUUGAAUGAGAUGAACGCGACAUGGGCUGCGCGUCACGCCUUUGGGCGAUUGUACUAUCGAUUUCCGUUUGGGGAAAGCGGCGCCGACGUUGGCGAUCGCGUCUCUGGCUUCUUUGACUCCCUCCUGCGUGAGAGCAUCGGCUUGACGGUGCCAAACAUGAACGAAUGCACGGAACAAUGCACACGAGGAGGCCAGGGCUACCAAGAGCUCGGUCAGUGUAGUGCGGACAACGAUGGCCUUGCAGGCAGUGCUUGCGAUUCCCACGCGCCGCUAUCACAAGGAGGCCCUGUGGCCUCAUCGAUGGGGAGUGGAACUGCGUCGCCGUCAUGGAAGCCGCCGUCCAAGGAAGCCACAACAUCUUCCACCGGUCUGCGGAGGACGAUCUGGCGUACAGCGCCGCACCACUCACUGCCCCUAGAUGACUUGUGCGAGCCUGAAGCUCACGGAGUCUUACCGCCGAGCGAUCACAGAGCUAGUGUUGGUGAUGACCAGAAUGUUUUGAUCAUCGCUCACGGGCUUCUUAUCCGUCUUUUCAUCGCUCGCUGGUUCCGUGUGCCGAUGGAGGUCUUCGAGACAAUGUGCAACCCGCCCAACUGCGCCAUCAUCGUGCUGGAGCGCGACGACCGACUCGGCCGCCUCGUUAUGACCGACAUGAGCAAGUGCCUGUUUGGCAGCGACCCGCUUCUGCAGAUGAUGCGCUUUGACGGCUGCGAGGAUACCCACUGGUACCGUGAGAAGUUCCUCGGUAUUGUUGACCCCACGAAAGCCAUGGAGGAGGCGGUGGCCGAGGACGAUGACGAGAACCACUACUCCAUGUCAAACGCUCACAACAGCGGCGUCGGUGCCCCGGCCCCACCACCGCGGCAACGCAAGGCCUCCACAUCGAUGGUAACGGGGUUUUCUCCAUCAACGAGCGCAUCCCCAUCAUGUACUAGUACUAGCAUCACCGAGAGCGCCGACGCUUUAGCCUCUACGGCAGGGCACGCCGUGCUAUCUGCCUCGGACUGCGCUACCCAGCCUAUGUCGUCUUCUCCCUGUAUGAACUGCACCCCCAAUUGCGACUGGAAGUUCUGCCGAGACACCGAUGACGCUCCAAAGAUGGGCUCAGCGGAGUAG